AUGGUUGAACUCACCAUCGUCGACGCGUGGGACGGGAAGAACGUGACGUGGAGACCGAUCUACGAGGAUGACAGCGAGGAGUACCGAGUGUUCACCCAUCAGUGCGAGUACGCCAAGAGCGGACGAGGAAAGUGCGGACGAUGCGGAGAGAAGAUCGCCAAGGACACCGUGCGAGUGGGUGAACCGUUGAAGUAUCGCGGUGGGGAUUACGGAUGGAUCUCGAAGUGGAUGCACCCGGAGUGUUAUCGCGCGGAGGGGGCGACGCGGGAGGAGUUGGAGCGCUCGGUGUACGGAUUGGACGCGUUGAAGGAUGGCGACAGGGAGUUAUUAUUGGCGCACGUGUUGAAUCCGGAGCGACCGGAGAUUGAGAACACGGCUUUGGACGUGAUGAGCGAGGAAUUUCUGUGUAGACCGGCGAUCGAGCCCAUGGACGCGCCGAGGGCGUUGACGCGACCGCUCUUGGAGUUUCAGAGAGAAGGCUUGCGGUGGAUGUGUUCGAACGAAGAGGGCGAGGCCCGGGGUGGGAUUCUGGCGGAUGAAAUGGGGAUGGGAAAAACCAUCCAGUGCAUCUCGAUGCUCUUGGCGAGAAAGGAGGCGUGGAUGAAGGAUAGGGCGGAGUUGGGCGAGAUGGUCACGGACGCCGACAGACCGCCGCCGACGCUCGUGGUGGUACCAACGUCGGCGCUCGUUCAGUGGGAGGAAGAGAUCAAGGCGUGCGUGGACGAGGGUUCGCUUCGCGUGUUCGUAUACUACGCCGAACGGAAAGAUGUCACGGACGACAGCUUCAAUGGAGUGGACGUGGUGUUGACGACGUACCCCGUCAUCGAGGCUGAGUGGCGGAAAAUCAUCAACCGCCACCUCGUGGCGUGUCAGUGGUGCGGUAAAAAGUAUCUCCCUCGCUCGAUGGUGACACACUUGAAGUACUUUUGUGGUCCAGAUGCCGUUCGCACGGAGAAGCUCGCGCGCCGCGAGGUGACGAGAGACGUGGCGAAUGAGAAAGCGAUGAGGACGUUGAAAAUCAAAGAGGGCAGCGCAAAGGAUGUGAAAAAGAUGAUUCCCACGCCGGCAAACUUUUACAAGGAACUCAUGGCGAAGGCUGGCAGGGAGACCAUGAGCAUGUAUGAGGGCGCCCACAAGGCGCGUGAGCGUGCCGCGGCUGGUCUCGCUCCGGGAGGCGACGCAGUCGCCGUGAAGGAAGAAAUCGUCGAGCCUAGCGAGGUCAUGAAGGCGUUGAUUUCUCAAUUGCCAUCGCCCCCGUCGAUGGAGGAAAUCAAGGAAGAGUUCGUCACCGAUGAAGGAGAUGUGGAUGAAUCCGGGUUAGCUGGCGCGUCGAUGGCGUCGAUAGGCGAUUUCGUGAAUAAGGCGAAGAAACGCAAAUCGACGGCGAAGAAAACCAAAGUAGCGAGCCAGUCAAAAAAGUCGGCAAAGAAGAGUUUACGAGACGCUAGUGAUGAUGAUGAGAGCGAUUACAAACCGGAUACCGAUGAAGACGAUAUAGAUGAUGACGAUGGUGGAUUGAUCAUCGUUGAGAGCGACAGCGAUGAGCCAAAGAAGAAGAAGAAGAAGAAGGAUGCGCGAGCAAAGAGCGCCGACCAAUCGUCUCCUAAAAUUGGAGCCACGGUGUCAACGGUGUCUACGGUCGAAGAUCUUCCUACACUCUCGCAAGGCAGCGGUCAGUUAGAGGGCGAUAGUGGGGACGAUGUCGAUCUCUCAGAUUCAAUCAUGCACCGCACGAUGUGGCACAGAAUUGUUCUCGACGAAGCGCACAAAAUCAAGGCGCGAACGAGCAAUACGGCAAAAUGUAUAUAUGCUCUCAAAUCCACAUACAAGUGGUGCUUGACGGGAACUCCUUUGCAAAAUCGGAUCGGUGAUUUGUACAGUCUCGUCAGAUUUUUGCGCAUGGAUCCGUACGCGUACUACUUUUGUUCCACGAAGGGGUGUGAAUGCAAAACUCUCUCCUGGAACUUUGGUCCAGAGGCUCGGUUUUGCACGGAGUGCGGGUGCGGGGCACCGCGGCACUACUCGCAUUUCAAUCGUACCGUUCUCAAUCCAAUCAACCGAUACGGCUACAUCGGCGACGGUAAGAAGGCUAUGCUCACGCUGAGGAAUGACAUCCUGCUACCCAUGCAGCUCAGACGCACCAAGGCUGAGCGAGCAUCCGACGUGCAACUGCCGGAACUGAAGAUCGUCAUUCAAGAAAACGAGUUCAACGAGGUCGAACAAGACUUUUACGAAUCGCUUUACAUGUUGACUCGUGCCAAGUUCGAUGGAUUCGUCAAGAAGGGUAGCGUCUUGCACAACUACGCGCACAUUUUCGAGCUUCUCGCGAGGCUUCGCCAAGCGUGCGACCAUCCUUACCUGGUGAUUCACUCGAAGAGUGCGAAUGUGAAACGGGAUGCCCCCGAUGCUCCAAAGGUUGAGUCGCCCGCCGAUGCGGGGGACACGGUGAAGCACUAUUGCGGCAUGUGUCAGGAUGAAAUUGAGGAAGAGGAUGCCGCUCUGGCGAGUUGCAAACACAUUUUCCACCGCGAGUGCAUCAUGCAAUACGCCUCGUGCGCACCAGCGGACGGUAAAAAAGUCACGUGUCCGGUUUGUCGCACCGCGCUAACAAUUGACUUUUCCCCAGAAAGUCUCGAGAGCGCGAAGAGCGCGAUCGGUCGUUUCAACAAGGAUCCCUUGCCAGACAAGUCGAUCCUGAAUAAACUUGAUUUGACGCAGUACACGUCGAGUACGAAAGUUGAGACUCUCGUCAACGCGCUGCGGGACAUGAGAAAUCAAGAAAACGGACAACUGAACAAGGCCAUAGUCUUUUCUCAGUACACGGCGAUGAUAGAAAUCGUCGAAUGGCGUUUGAAAAAGGCUAAGUUUACGAUUGCCAAACUCCUUGGCUCGAUGCCGGUGACGCAGCGGGCAGCGAAUUUGCAAGCGUUCAGAGAAGACCCGAACGUAAGUGUCAUUUUGAUGAGCCUAAAAUCCGGCGGUGAAGGUCUCAAUUUGCAAGCCGCGAACUACGUCUAUGUGCUCGAACCUUGGUGGAACCCAGCGGUGGAGAUGCAAGCCGUGAUGCGAGCACAUCGCAUUGGACAGCACCGCCCAGUGACGGCGGUUCGAUUCUCCACCAAGGGCACAAUCGAAGAGCGCAUGAUGGAGCUUCAGGAGAAGAAACAGCUCGUCUUCGAAGGAUGUAUGGACGGGAACGCGGCAGCUUUGUCGCAAUUGACCGCAGAGGAUUUGCAGUUUUUGUUCAAACGAUGA